UUGAAUCCGGGAGGCGGCGUUGGGAUUCCGGAGGCUUUGCGACUGAGGAGUGUGUUAGAACAUGUGUAAUAAUGUCAUCUCAAAAGAGAAUGAAGGACUCUCAGGCUCAAAAGAGGACUUCACAAGUUAGUGAUACUUAUGAGACUAAUCUCCUGGCCGGGGAAGAAAAAGAGGACCUGAAUGACUCAAAGCGCAGCUUGAAACAUGGACAAGACAAUACAGCGGACGAUUAUGGACAUGCUGAUGAUCAAGGAGAAGAUGCUCUGCAAAUAGCAGUGAGAUACUUUGAGAAAGGUCCUAUUAAAACUUCACAGAGUAAAGAUAAAAUCUUGGAAAAACACUUGAAAACUGUGGAAAAUGUGGCUUGGAAGAAUGGGUUAGCUCCAGAAGGAAUUGACAUUCUCUUAAAUGUGGCACUCAGUGGCAAAUUUGGGAGUGCUGUAAACACUCGGAUAUUGAAGUGUAUGAUUCCAACAACUCUAAUACCAGAAGAUUCUGUGGUUAAGGCGGUCUCCUGGCUUUGUGUUGGCAAGUGUUCUGGUAGCACCAAGGUACUUUUUUAUCGUUGGCUGGUUGCAAUGUUUGACUUCAUUGAUCACAAGGAUCAAAUUAACUUGCUCUAUGGCUUCUUUUUUGCUUCAUUGCAAGAUGACGCACUG